GAUUGCUCAACUAUCUAGGAAUCGUGCACGGACCAACGAACGAACGUAACACGAUGGCGAGCCAAAUGGUGUGGAUGCUCGACCAUAAGCCUUCAGCUAAACAAAUCGACUAAAACAUCCAAUGCUCAGUGAUGAAUGCUGUGGACAAUAAUUCUGGGCAAUUACCUACUGCUAAAACCUGAAAGAAGAGUCAAAGUCACAAACGAAUGGAAACCACCAUAAUUGGAUAUUGAUAAGCAGGAAUGAAACAUGGAUUGCCUACAUUCUACCUAGUGAUAAUUAUUGGGACAAAUUUACCAAUUAUUUUACUAUGCAUAGCAUAUCCUUUCAAUAUUAUACCCGUAUACCAGUUUCGCAACUUCAAAAUUAUUCCCAUGUAUGUUGUUUGAUUAUACUCCAUCGCACUGCGUAAUAUAUUUUGGAUAUGUCUACUUGUAGCAAACUGUAUUCCAUAUUAAAAUCACCUGACACAAUUAAGAUACCAAAGAUCGAUUUUCAAGAUGAUAAAAACGACAUGGUACCUGCAAAGCGUUCACACACUGAUGAAAAAUUAUGGCAGUGCUGGGAAUGUGGUAAAACCUAUGAAGCUGGAUCUCGUCUUUCUGACCAUCUUAAGAUCUGCAAGAAAGAGGACGAUGUAUGUGAACAUUUAGCAGGGUGCCCAUUCUGCUCACACAAUAUAAACCAGCCAAAUGAUGCACCUUUCCAUAUUCAUUCAUUCAAUUUGCAUUUGCAUAACUUUCAUCCAGAUGUCAAGUCGUUCGUAUGUAGCUACUGUAUGGAUGUUAUCAGAUCCAAUAAAAUAGAAGAUUUGGUUUCGCAUGUAAUUCUAAUACAUAAGAUACCAUGGAGGCCAUCACCAGCCUCCUUAGCGCAUAUGCGAAAAAAUCAGCUUCCUCAUCGAGUUGUUACUUGUUUGGGAUGCGGUUGGUGUACAUUUGUCUUACGUGCAAACAACGCAGCACAACCACCAACAUCUUUAGAAACUCAUCUGAGUAGAUGUUCCGCUAACGGUGGUCAAGUUCACCUAACACGUCUAUCCGAAGAGGCUUGUCUGUCUGUAUUGGAAAAGUAUAAAGCAUUACAAGAAGCAGAACGUAUCAGCGCAACAUUUGCUCAAUCCUUUCCAAAUGUACGUGGAUUUAGCGAUAAUUCUGGAGUUACAAGUUCACCGUUACGUUUUCAUCGAUAUACUAGUGGCAAUACAUCCCGUGAAACAGAUGUCGCGUCGAAUACUCUUGAAAGUAAUACCUACUGUCAGACCACAGAUUGUACCGAUGUUAAAUCUUCGACGAAACAGAAAUCGAAGCUAGAAACCAUUCUAGAACAGCCAAAUUUUAAGGAGGAAACAUUUUUCGACAUCCCGCUUACUAUUCCACCGCCUCCACCACGUAGCGGUCAAAAAAAGUCAACUCCUGGUCGUUUAUUUGUGUGUCCAUUGUGUGGAGAUAAUGCACUGUCAAGUCUUCGAGAAAGGGAUGAACAUAUCCAAUCGUCUCAUAAUGGUGAACUAGUUUUUCCCUGUCAGAUAUGUGGAGUGGCUUACCCCCUUUAUAUUGCAUUACGUCGGCAUGCGGCACUUCAGCAUGAUUCUGAUUUUGAUACAGUUAGAUAUGGCCCAUCAGAUCUAUUAGAUUGUGAACCAAUUGAAUGCCCAGAAUGUCAUCUCGUCGCUUUCCAAGAUCCAGUUGUUCUUCAGCUUCACAUAAGUCGAGUUCAUAAAAAACUUCAACAAAAUGUGACAAUCACUCCGUGUAGUGAUUCUCAACCAAAGACGACAGAUCCCGAAGUAGCUCUAAAGACUAGAAUAAAUAAAACUAAAGCUAAUUCAAGUCAAAAGAAGAAUUCCAAUACAACACGUCGUCCGCGUGUUCAGCCAAAAAAUUCAAAAGCGAAACUUAAACUUUCUAUACUUGGUGAAUCUGAAAUCCAUAAUGAUUCUGCAACACGUCCAAGUGAUGUACAAGCAACUAGUGAGUUUGAGCGUGUGUUAAGUGCUAUCAGUGGUGCACCAGCUGCGGCAUGUUGUCGCCAAUGUCAUGUUGAAGUUGACAACCUAAAGGAACUUCAGCUACAUUUAGAACUAGAACACUCGAAUCCGGAGACAGAAAUUGAACAGCUUGGUUGCCAAGCCUGUGGUAGGGUUUUCUUUGGGUCAGGUGGCCGAAUCGAUUUGAUUGGACAUUUACGCGCUCUACAUCAAGAUGACUUCUUGCAAAAUGUCUUGAGAUGUCCACGUGCUGAGAAGUUGUCUCAAGAUACAUCAAUAAUAAACGAUGCUAACCCUGUUAGUCAUGAAGAAACAAAAUCUUGCAAAGCCUAUUUCUCUUCACCUCGUCUGCGUCAGUUGCAUGCGUCUGCCAACAAUUCACUAAAUCACGAAUUCUCUUGUCCGAUUCUGUUCAACGAUGAAGAAUAUUCAUCCGAUGAUAUUAAAAAAUUGAUUCUAGAGACUGAAGUUUUAGCUGAUCGAAGUGGCGUAAUGAUUUUAGCCUUUUGUUGUCCUAAUUGUUCACGUAUAUUUGUGGGCGAUGAUGUUCACUCUAGAUUUGAAACGCACCGUAAUUCUUGUGAAACAGAAGUUGACAAUGCUGAUGAACCAAUGAACCAACUGGAGUCGGAACUUAGCGUUUCUAGUGUAGAUAGCCCUGAGGUCUCAGAGGUAGUGGUACAGUGUGCAACAGUUAACGAAUCACCCUUAGAGUUUCAUGAUUCUAUUAAAAUGUCUACUGAAUGUCCAUGUGAAAAUUAG